CAAAAACACUUUGCAGUUUGGAAGAGAAGCUGUCCAAAAGACGCUGGACUGGACAGUUGUUUCCCUCUGGCGUCUUUUCUUUAUUUCACCGUUCGACAAAAAAAAGUUUGCUUGUUGUCUUUGAAAAAACACAAUGAAUCUCACUGAACUGCCUGCUGAAAUGCUUCAACAUAUUUCUGCGUUUUUAGAUUCUCGGUCUUUAGCUACAUUUGGUUCAGUAUGCAGAAAAUGUCGUGAAGUUUCAGAAAUUGAAACUCUUUGGCAAGGUCUGUGCAAGAAAGAUUUUCAAGUGACAAGUGUUAAGGGAUGGGACCUGUCCUAUAAACAUGCAUAUACUAAAGUGCUGGUGAAUUGCAACUUCUUGGGACUGAAGAGACUGGCCCUUUUGCCCUAUGGUGGACUGGUCAAUGUUUCUUGGGGUGUUGGUGAGAUACAAGUGAACGGACACACAGCAAUUGGCAGAAGCGACCCUGAGCAUCCACUGAUUUGUGAACCAUACUUUUGUAUACGUUGGUCUCAUGAUUUGGACAGACUGCAGGUUUUCUGUGCUCAAAGUGAAAAUUCUGCCUGUGAAGAGGCAAUUUUGAUUGAGGAUCCACAGUAUCCCCUCAUGUACUGUAGAGGACGACGUGAGUCUCAUGUUAGGAACAAAAGAGGUGGUAAGCCUUUAAAGCCAAAGUAUGGACAGUCAGAUCCACGAUUAAGACGUGGUUUCAAUGACCACCCAGGUGCUUUCGAGGACCAUGAUUUAUCAUGUGGGUUCAACUGCCCUCUGCUGUCCCUCCCAGCCCUGACCAGUGAGUACCAACAGAGAAGUCGCAUCAGCCUUGGCCUGUACACGGGAGACUACGGUUCUCAUGGCACAGAAAUUCUCUACUUUAUGAUGAGCAGUUCCGAGCCAUACCACUUAGAGGGGCUAAAGAUAGUGGGAGAUCCGAAUGUUCCCGCAGGAUAUGUCAGUCUUCAUGUGUCUUUAGACAAGCCUAUUAUUCUCUCUGGGGCUGAUCAGACCACAGUUUAUCAGCUGAUUGAAAUGGAUGAGACCCGGAAUGAAGAAAGCUACCAUGAACUUCUCUGUUCUAACGACAAUAACCCAGAUCUUCGCCAGCCUUUUAUGGUGCCGCACGAUUGUUUUGAGAGGAGUAAUGUGGCACAGAACAGUUGCUUGGCACGUUUCAGGGUCUACACAGUCGUUUGGGAUACAACCUUCCAGAAAAUUGACAGGGAUGUGGGUCAUGACGUGGUGGAUUCAAGUGCUUGUAAAUUUUUGGGCAUGUGAAGUUAUUGAUUUCGUCUUAAAGCUUGUUCGUUUGUAACGCUUUCAAUGAAAAAAUACUCGUGCACCUUGAAUAGAGGUUGAAAUAUUUGCUAUUGAAGGGGAUUGGGGUUGCCUGGUUUUAGAGAUGAAAUUAGCAUGAAAAUAACUGCCAAAGUUUGAUGUCUUCCAAAGAUUGAAUGUCCUUGGAAACUGCAAAUGUACAUAUGUUCUGGGCCUCUAAUCGACAUUUUCCAGUAAAAUCUACACAGAAAUGUGUUUUUACAGGGACAUACAAGGUGUUGAACUAAAAAACAUAAU